CCGCUGUGCCGGAAGCUGAGUGCUGCAAAUUGUAAACACAUACAUUAUCGAGUCUGUUAUUUCCCCAAAAUAUUGCCUGGGGGCAUUAUGUAUCCGCGUGUCAGUAAAACUUAGUGUACGGUAUUUGUCGGUUCUUUCCCUUGGUCAUCUAUAUCAGACUGAUUCAGGAAACACUUAACGAAACGAGAAGCUGUCUCUUUUCACUGCAGAGUUGACGAGGGCUGAAACCAUUGAGAUGUCAGACGAUGUAGAAGAUGUAUCGUUUCUUCCAGGUGACAAUCUACACAGGAAAGCUGUAUAUGAGCCAUCUGUAAAACAGAAAUGUCGUCAACUAGUCUUGGGGCAGGGUCGAGCUACAGCAAUAGUUGUCGGCAUCGGUAUCUUCAUUCUAGUAAUCACACUUAUUGCUGCAUUUGCAAGGCCUGGAUCCCAGCCUCCGCAGCCCUGUGUACAGCCUCAAGUCGCCCCGACAACUGACCUGCCACAGGUUUCCCCUAAACCCAAUGAGACAAAGUACUUGGCCACAGAUGGAGAAGUGUUUCCUUGGCAACAGAUUAGACUGCCCAGAUCUGUCAUCCCUAUGGAGUAUGACAUACUGAUUCAUCCAGAUUUCCUUCCUGAAAGGAAGACAUUCAAAGGCAGUGUCAAGAUCAAGACCGUUAUUAUGGAAAAGACUGAGAUGAUAAUUUUCCAUGUGAAACAUUUGACCAUAACAAAUGUUUCGGUGCAGAUUCAGCAUAAAGAUGGGGGUAUGCUGCGCAACUGUGAUGUAAAAAUGCAGCUGAAGUGUACAGACCUUCAGAUGUAUGUCCUUAAGAUGGCUGAAACGCUGAUGGAGGAAACCAAGGUCACAGUGACCUUGGAGUUUGAUGGCAUGCUGGUGAAAAAACUAUCAGGAUUCUACCUCAGUAGUUACAAGACACCAGAUGGAGAAGUGAAGUAUCUUGGUACAACUCAGUUUGAAUCAACAGGUGCAAGAGAGGCGUUUCCCUGUUUUGAUGAACCAGACAUGAAAGCUAAGUUUACCAUGUCCAUUGUUCGCGACCAGAAUCAGAUUUCACUAUCCAACAUGCCACGCCUUACAUCAACCCCAUACAACAAGUCGAAUGGUCUCAUUGUGGACAAGUUCCAGCAGAGUGUAGGCAUGAGCACUUACCUUGUGGCCUUCAUUGUGUGUGACUAUGACAGAGUGAAUGGGACUACGGAACAGGGCACAAAGGUGAGUGUGUAUGCCCCACCCCACCAGAUCAGUCAGGCAAACUUUGCUCUCGACACUGCCAUCAAAGUUCUCAACUUCUACAACAAGCUGUUUGGUAUCAAGUAUCCACUACCUAAACAAGAUCUUGUUGCCAUUCCUGACUUUGCGGCUGGUGCUAUGGAGAAUUGGGGUUUGAUCACCUAUCGCCUGACCACCAUUCUGUAUGAUCCAGAGGUGUCGUCUGCUCGCGACAGACAGUAUGUUGCCAUAGUAAUCGCCCAUGAGCUAGCACACCAGUGGUUUGGAAAUCUGGUGACCUUGAAGUGGUGGAAUGACCUUUGGUUGAAUGAAGGUUUUGCAUCCUUCGUUGAGUACCUGGGGGCUAAUGAAACUGACCCCUCCUUCUCUAUGAUGGACCAGUUUGUACUUAAUGACCUGAUGAGAGCAAUGUCCAGAGACUGUGUCCAGAGCUCACACCCCAUCACGGUAGAUGUGAAGGACCCUGCUCAGAUUGAUGAAUUAUUUGAUGCCAUCUCCUACAGCAAGGGUGCCUCCUUGAUCCGUAUGUUGAGCAACUUUAUGGGAAAAGAAAAAUUUCAAGAUGGAAUUAAAAAAUACCUCAAUACAUACAAAUAUGGCAAUGCAAGGACUGAGGACUUGUGGGAUAUCCUCACGAGUUUCACACAGAUAAAUGUGUCCACAACAAUGGACACCUGGACCCAGCAAAUGGGUUACCCAGUCGUCACGAUGAACCGCAGUGGAGAGUUCGUGCAGGUCACGCAAGAGCGAUUCCUUCUUGGCUUGGAUGUAAAGAAGAAAGAAAAAUACUCAAGUCCAUUCAAUUACAAGUGGAACAUACCAUUCAGGUAUGCUGUAGCAAAGACAAGUGGUAUCUCGGACCAGCUCAUCAACAUACACAUUGACUCUGGAGUGAAGUUCCAGGCUGAUCACGAUCAAGUGAAAUGGAUGAAGGGUAAUUAUGGGAUGUACGGGUACUACCGUGUCAACUAUGAGGAGAGUAACUGGCGGGCUCUCAUAAAACAACUUACUGACAACCAUACGGUGUUUUCUGCAGCUGACCGAGCAGGUCUCAUAGAUGAUGUGUGCUACCUGGCCAGGGCUAAAAAGGUAUCGCAAACCCUUGCAUUAGACAUGACAAAGUACCUGCAAAAGGAACAGGAUUACCUCCCCUGGAGUGUAGCACUAGACUGUCUCAACUACAUUGGAGAACGACUCCGAAAUAAAGCUGUUUAUGACAAACUUCAGAAAUACACUGUAGGUUUGAUGGGUCAGGUACUGGCCAGACUUGGCUGGAAGGAAAAUGGACCACAGCUGGACAAAUUCCUUCGAUCUCUUGUGAUCAACCAGGCGCUAGCCUUUGGACACAAACCAACCAUUGAAAAGGGCAAAAACAUGUUUGAAAACUGGAUGUAUCGUCAUGAUAAGGUGAACGUGAACUUGAAGAGUGUGAUUUACCGAGCGGGCGUACAGUAUGGGGGGCUACCCGAAUGGGACUUUAUCUGGCAAAAGUACCUCCAUGCUCAAGUGCCUACCGAGAAAGAGAAGCUGUUAGUCACACUCUGUCGCACGCAGGACACCAAUCACCUAGCAAGGUUGUUAGAGGAAGCUGCUAAGGGAGAGAACAUCCGUCACCAGGACCUGACUACCGUUGUGGGUAUAGUGUCCAUCAAUACUAAUGGACAAAUUCUAGCCUGGAGAUUCGUACAGCAGAAUUGGAAUAACUUCCUGAAAUGGUUUGGCAGUGCAUCCUUUAUCCUGCCCAGCCUUGUAAAGAGUACCACAUCAUCAUUCUCUACAGAAUUCGAUUAUGAAGAGGUGUCUGCCUUCUUCAAAUCCCAUGAGUCUAAGGCUGUGAACAUGUCUGUGGAAGCGAGCCUAGAGAGUAUAAGGAUGAACAUUGAUUGGCUGGAGGACAAUGAAGACAUGGUGACUAGCUGGCUAAAUAACCCUAAAAACAGCCUGCCGGACAACAGGUAAACCCCAAGGGAUCCGUGUAGAGGGGACCAGGUAUACUAGACAUUUGUUUUACUUACUUCUGAAGAUUAUAAAUUAUGUGUACAGGAACAUUGUGUAGUAGGAACAGUUUAUUUAAAACAGCCUCAUUGUAAAGACUUGGUGUGUGUGGAAACCAUAGUUCCACCCGGAAGUUGACUUCGUGUAUGACUAGGAUGGCGUUCACUUAAACGCAUUGUAGUGUUAACAAUUGUAAUACCAUAAUAUAUACAUCUCCGGCUAGUAAGCCAAGCAAAUACUGGUUAAUUUGGUGUCAAAUAUGACACAAAUAAUUUGUCUGUAUAAAUUGUGUUCAAUUGUUAUUUUCGAGAUGCUAACAUGUGUUCAGUUGUUAUUGUGUAUAUGAAAAACUAUUGGUGGAUUUUUUUCUGGUAGUUGUUUGGUUAUGGCGGCAACACCAUCAGCUACAGUUGGGGCAGUUGUGUCACUUUCAUUUAACUGUAGUUAUUUACGGUGGCUUGUUUGUAAGAUCUGGUUGAUAAAUGAAAUUGACACAUGUAUCGAUUUCACAAAAUUAAAAAAAAUAUUUUUGCCAUAAAGAGAUUGAGAUCAGCAGGCUUUAAAUCUUUUACAUAUUUGUAACUUUUUUUUUAGAUUAAAACAGACAGUGCAGGUUAAAAGCAUUCGUAUGAGAUUUAUUAAAAAAAACCAUUUUUCACUCAAAUUGUCUGCGAGAUUUUGCACAGGGGAACAUCUGAAAAGCAGCAUGAAAAUUGCAACUUGAUUUUUUUAUUCUCGCAUGAAAGCUUUUUAACUUGCACUGUCAGCUUUAAGUCACUAGUGCUGAAAUUUACUUUACAAAUUUUCUGUAUGUCAAUUUUACAUACGAAUGUGAAUGCAUGUUGAGUUUAGAGCACUAUGUAGUUCUAUUUAUAAGUAUCUUUCAAAAAAUCAUUCCAAACCUGUACCAAAACUAGCAUAUUCUGUAAGAUACUUAGCUAUGAUAGCAUGUUGUGUUGGACUUGUUGUGAAUUUUUUAUGGUAUGUUGAACAUUUUGUGAACUAUUUAUAGUAUGUUGGACAUUUUGUGAACUAUUUAUUGUUUAUUGGACAUUUUGUGAACUAUUUAUAGUAACACUACUUAAUCGUCACUGGUAUUAGCCUCAUUAAGAUUUUAAUAGUUAAGUACAUGGAAAACUUUCAAUUUUUGACAUUAUGACUUAUGACAUUCAUUGACAACUGAUUUAGUUCGCCUCCAAAAUAACAUACUACACAAUUCUCAUCAGUUUAACAAAGAGAAAUGCUUUUAACUUCAAUUAUACUGUAUUGCUUUUAAAAAAAAAAAUGAUCCAUUAAAUUUAAAAUAAAAAGGCUUUUCAUUUACGCAGAACAACUGGUUUUUCAAAUGUACUUAACUCAUUCACCCCUGAAAUUUCAUAAUGAACUCAUUCACCCCUGAGAUUUCAUAAUGAACUAUACAAACCUUUGAAUUGGAAGAGUUCAAAUGUGUCUUCAGGGGUGAAUGAGUCAAAGGAAUAUUUUCAGGUGUAAAGCUAGGUGUUUGAUACAGGCCUUAAAUGACCUUGCAAAGGUCAACAAGAUAACAACAGACAGCUAGUUUAUCUCUGGUCAAAACAAUCAAACGUGUUGGAAUGCAAUAAACAAAAUUGACCUGUAAAUAUGUAACAAUGUGUAGAGAACAAAAGAUGGAAAUGAUUUGAUAUUGUCAAUGUGUAAGUUGUUAAAAAACGUUAUUUUAAUAAUCUGAUAUUCAAAACCGUGUUUAGUGAUAUGCAUGUAGUAACAGAGUGCAGACAGAGUUGUGAGAUUAUGAGGUACAGUGGAUCGAAACCACAAUUCAGAUUGGGAUGCAGAUAUAAUGUCCAUAUCAUUGAUGUUAUUAUAAAUUUGAAAAAAAAAAAAUAUUUUUCAAAAGAACUUAAGAUGUUAUUGCUAAUCAGAGUCAGUUGAAGAGAAUAUUUCAAAUAUUGACAAAGAGCUCUUGUCAUUUUUGGGGCCAUAUCAUGUUGAAGAUGUUAUUAGCAUAAUAUCUGUUAUAUGUGUUUGUGAAGGGUGAUAUUUUGUAAGAGCUAUAGUGUGUAUACAGGGUAAAAUUAUGGAAUACAGGGACAUACAUAAGUUUAACAAAGAAAUAUAUAUCAUAAUGAAAAUCCAAUUUACCUUAAGACCCAUUUUGAAGUUUUUUAAGUCCUUAUUCCAUCCUCAUUCAUUUAUUUUCAUGACCAAAUACUUAUGUUAGAAAUCAUCCUUUGCCAUUUAAUGUUGCUGUAAUAAGAAAUAAAUAUUAUAAAGUGUAUAUGUUUGGCUGACAUUUAUAUAUGUACCUAUUUUUUGUUGUACUGUACUGAGCUUAAGGUUACUCGACACAUCAUCAUCAGUGUCCAUUUACUUGACAUACUUCUGAAAAAAGUAAUCAUUCCGAGUGAAAUGUGCCUGUACACCGAAAAAAGUAACUCUCCAACUUUGAAAAAUACAAAAUCAUACUCAAUCAAAUGAACGUUUUACAUCAAUGCAGUUUUAGCCAAUUGUUUUGAAGGACUGAAUUAAAAUUAGAGAAAACGUCGAGGAUUAGAAAUGUGCAGGGAUAACAACGAUGGAUGCUAUACUAAGGUCUAGGAAGUUAUUGGGUAAGCAAAGAAAUCACAAUAUUCCGAUUUCUUCAAUUUAAUCCUGAUGUGUUAAGUGACCUUAAUCGCUCUGUCGCUAAUCAUUACAUUUGGAAGAUCUGCUAUUGUACAAUCCAUGAGUAUACAAUAUAUUUGUUGUAUAGUUUUGGUAUUUACACAUUUUGAUUAUCUAAAAUGACAUUGUUGAGUAUUACUUUUGAUAUUGCUAUCAAAGUAAUUAAAAGAAAAUAAUUGUACGUAAUUCAUCAAAUGUUUUUUGUUGGGGAAUGGAAUAGAUUUUUUUUUAAAAAUGGAAACUAAAAUUUUAUGAAACUAAAGAUUGAUAAAUGUUUUGAAUGGCUUUUUUUCUCAUUGUAAUCGCUUUAAAUUAUUCUCCUUAAAUUGAAGAAAUUAUGUUAUAACAUUGAUAUUAAGGACCAGAAAUAGUUAUUUAUGGUUCCAGGAAGUUCUUGAUUCACUUUAAUAUGUGGAACAUGACAAAUUAUUAAUUGAAAAUAGAUAAUUAGGAAUUAAUAAAGAAUGAAUGUGACAAUUUAGACCACCAUCAUCUGAUGAUGGGCUAUUCAAAUCACCCUUCUUGUUAUCGCUAUUUUCUCAUAUUUAUAUAUAGGUUACCCUUGGUCUGGAGAUCCGUUAACAAAAUGGGCGAAAGGCUGCCAUCUUGGAUUUUAACAGUGAAUGUUUAUUAUUGCUAUUUCUCUGGAAGUUCUGGAAGAAUCUUUCUCAAAUUUUGAUAUGUAGGUUUCCCCUGGUCUGUUGCUGUGCAUGUUGACUAUGGAGAGUGAUCAUAAAAACAAGAUGGCUGCCACAGAAAGUACUAAUGAGAUCUUUCUGAUAUUGUAAUGAUUGGAUAUACUUCUCCAACAUAUAAAGAACUGUACUAGUGAUACAUGAAAUGGUGCAUUUACUUUUUUCAUGACUUGAUCAAACAGAUAAGAGAAAAGAAGAGAAAAUAUCAAACUGACAAAAACUAAUGAAGAUUGUACAAUGGUGGAUGCCAAGGUCCCUCUGGGAUCUCUUAUUUAUUUAAGCUUUCCCAACCAUCUAAUGGUGUGAACUCCCUUGCAUAUAUUUUUUUACUGUUUCAUAUAUAUUUAUACUGCUUGAAGUAAAUUUGGUAAUGUAAUGGUGGUGAAGCUGUGGGCCGGGUAAUAUAUAGAUGUUGUACUGUAUUCAUAGUAAGACUUAUUAAUCUCAACUAUAAGAUGCCAUAUUUAUUCAUUUUAUGAUCAUUCACAACAAAAUUUAUAAAAUCAAUAAAGAUGUUUAGAGUCAAGUUGCAAAAUACUUAAAAUUAUACUUUUUGUGUGUUUUAAGGUAUUUUUUACUUCAGUACACAAUGUAUCAGAUUCCUUAUUGUAGUAGAUACUCUGGCAGAUUUUUUAUAAUAUCUCUAAAAGAUAUUCUCUCAUGAUUCAAUCAACUGAUACACAUAUCACUUCCUACAAAUAACUGUUACCUCCCUUUAUAUACCCCCCC